GUGGCCAGACCCGGCGCUCCAAAAUAAAGUGCGUCACAUUAGGAGCCUACGGUCCUUCACAAACGGCUGUCAGUCCUACGUCCUCAAAGGCAGUUCAGAAGGCAUGGACCAUGACUCCAGCCCACCAACGGUCUCCUCAAAAGAGAUCUACCAGACCAAAUUCGACGCCGGAACGUACUUGGGCUACUGCUAUCAGCCAGCUCAGUCCCCGGAGCAAAGCGACAACUGGCGUUUUGUGAAGUUUGUCCUGUCCCACCUGAGCCGCACCUUCUCCUCAGGCCAGUACAAGGGCCAGAGGCUGAUUGAAGUGGGGACGGGCCCCACCCUGCACACGGUACUCAGUGCCUGUGCCCACUACCAGGAGAUUGUGCUGUCGGACUACACAGAGGUCAACCGCAGGGAGCUGGAGAAGUGGCUGCGCUCCGAGGAAGGCCACUUCGACUGGGGGGCCCACAUGCAGUUUGUCUGCGAGCUGGAGGGGACCAGGACGCCCGAGGAGAUCAGCGCCACGCUCCGGCAGAGGAUCGGCCGGGUCCUGGCCUGCGACGUGACCCUGGACAACCCCUUCCACCCCGUGGUCCUGGAGCCCGCCGACUGCGUCCUGUCCUCCCUGUGCCUGGAGGCUGCCUGCCCGGACCGGGACUCGUACCGGCGGUCCCUGGGGGCCGUGGUGGGCCACCUGCGGCCCGGGGGCGUCCUGGUGCUGAUCGGGGACCUGGGGGAGAACUACUACACCGUGGGGGAGCAGAGGUUCCCCAUCGUGUGCCUGAGCCGGGACUUCAUCGAGGAGAGCCUGGCCCAGCUGGGGCUGGUGCUGCUGGACUUCGCCACGCAGGCGGCGGAGAACCGGGAGCAGAACCACAAAUGCGACUACGAGGCCUCGUUCUUCUUGGUGGCCCGCAAGAACAUGGGCCCUGCAUGACCCGUGACCCCUGUCCCUAUUUAGCUGCACCCAUAUAGACCAAUAUUUAUCACUUUGGAAGUCUAUAUUCAAACAGCUUUCUUUCUAUUAAAGGUUGGGUAUGGAAUUCUUUUUUGGCAUUUUGCAAAAUUACUUGAAAUCCUUAUCAUAACCCAAUUACACCCACUGAGUUAGAAGUACUGACAUGCAAUUAAACAAGUCAAUCAUCUGUGGAACGGGCAGGGCUCGAAAAACUCCAGCCAAUGAUUUCCAGACCCACCGAGUGGCAUUGGACAGUAAGUACGUCAAUCAAACGGUCGUACUGCACUCCCCCUCCCCCGCACGACCCCUUCGUGCACGUACUCAAAGCUCGUGACCCAGAGCAAGCUUCUGUUGUUAUCCUGCGGUAGCUACUGGAGCUGAAUCUGUGUUCGCUCGUGCAUGAUUGCACGUCCAUGUACUUGGAAUGGGGGGAGUCGGAAUCAGCGUUGAAGGAGAAGGGGUAGGACCAUUUGAGCUGUGUAUUUUCAAAAUCUGCUGGCGUUUCGCAUAUCCCAUACCCCACCUUUAAUAUUAUUGGGAUAUUUCAAUGUUAUUGGUUUACAUUGAUUUCUUUGUUCUAUGCCACUUCCUGACAAUUUAGAUUGUCAGGAGUCUUCAAACCUACACCUUAUAAACUUGACUGAUAAUGACCUAUUGACCCUGGGGGCAUCUCACGUUUCCAGUGUCAUAACCCUGAAAUAAAACAGGCUAUCAUAAACAAGGUUGUUUGUCUGGUUGUACACGGAGCAAUCCAUCCAUCUCUCUCCUAGUCGACCACGGUCAAGGUAGGCAAGAAUUGUUGAGCUACUGAGGAGAGAGCUAUGGAGUCUACAUUGGUCACUAAAUUGGCUUUCUCACUUUUUCUUUUUGCGCAACAGAUUUAGUUUUUCUUUACAUGUGUAUGGUGUUGUGAAAGAAAACUUCAAACCUACUCUGAAGAAAGUGAUCAAUUUGAGAAGAAAGUGUUGAGUCUGAACACUUACUAAUGGCAGCCGUUGCACAAGUCAAACAUGUAAUGACAAGCAGAGCUGUGUUCAAUGUGAACUAUCGUGUCCAAAAAACAGUUUGCUACGAUCAAAUGUUGUUCUUUAAUAGAUGCAAAGAAAAUAGCUUCUCAGUAAUUACAUGUUAUAAAUGGUGGCACAGAUUGUUGAUGUGGACUGGAUCAUGUGACACACUCUGGUCACCUGAUAGGUCCAUGACACUGGCCCCACAUGUUUGACCUUUGAAUAGGUCCUACCAGGCUUCUACAGUGACAGUUACCACCGGCUAGAUGGACUCCAGUAUCUCCCAUGCUGCAUGAACCUGCUCGUCAUGUGAAUCUGUGUUUCAUGAGCUUUCAAGAAUUUGUUCAAACAGUAAGGGUGAAAUUACAGCGCCAACCCAACAGAGGUCAGCAAAGAUCUGUUGCUCGUGAGAAGCGGGACUUAUUCCAACUAUAGUAAGUAGUUACACAUCCUUACAGACGAAGCUUAAUAGAUCAUUAAAUGCCAGAGGUCCCUGAAAACACACAAUACACAUUUUAAAAA